AUGGACGGUAACAACGAUGGGAGCGGAAGCGCCAACGGGAACGGCAAUGGGCAGAAGGACCUGAAAAACAAAGGCAAGGCUCCAGAAACGAGCAACGACAGCGCGCUAGCUGAAUCUGCACCAGAAGGGGGCAAGCAGGAGCCAUUGCUACCACGCUUGAUGCAGUCGGCAUCGUCUCUACCAUCGUCCUUGCUGGUCGGACCACCGAGCACGGUAUUUGCUCACGGUCACGAGAAAGGGGGGGAGUCGUCCCGAGCAGCUGGAGCCCUUGAAAGGGCCAGGAGCAGUGCGGUGCAGCUACGGACGAGUGAUAAUUCUGGAGGGAGCAUCAGAAUAGGGCACACACAAGAACAUGUCGCGCAAGCGGAGGCUUCUUUCGCAACAUUCUUGGACAGCGCAGACGUGCCAAUCCUGACAGCCCCGAAUGCUCUGGAGACUGCCUGGCAGUCAUCAACUGUCCCUCCUGUUUCCCGAGGGCCAACUGGAGUCAGGGAGGCUGUCCAGCCGGAACGGACAGUAGCAGAGCAAGAAGCUCUGGACGGCGCAGAGGUUGUCGCAUUGCUCACGGGAAAUGGUGAUCUCGAUUCGGUUUUCGAGGACGUGUCAGAGCCAGUAAGCCAGAGCGACUUAUCUGCUCUGCGGAACGCUUUAUUCGGCGACGACAAGAAAGAUUAUGGAACAUCGCCAAUUGCUUGGGAUCAUGUGCUGAACUUCAUUCCCCCAUAUCUUCAUCCACAUACUGGAGGGGGCGCAGCUGCAGAACUCGCCUUCACACUUCACCUGGGUGCAGCCAACCCCGACGAGGCCUGGGAAGCCUGGGUUAGCCAGUGGUCCCGUGUAUUAACGAAUUACCAAGAUGAAGUAUGGGGUGAUCUCAGCGCGCUUGUCGAAGAAGCUCGCAACGAAAUCCUCCAGCUACAGGAGGUGAAGCCGGGUGAGAGACCUCCAGAACCGAAGGCAUUGCUCCGGCUCCGUGCAAUUCUGGGACACCUCCGCGGUGCUUAG